CGCCCACUCCCACCCACCCGCUAAUUCACCUUCACAUCCGGUCCCCCCCCCCAAUAACUGAGACCAUCCCACCGCUCUCGCUCGCAACCCACCUCCCCAAGCACAGACUUCCUCAACCACGCUGUCGGUAAUCCAAACAACUCACUCCCUUGCACACAACACACUGCCAAAAUGACGGAACCAGCAUCAUCUCAAGAUCACAAAAUCAACAGCGCCCUCGUCGAAGCCGAGAAGCUAGUCGCGCAGCUCAAAUCCUACACCGGCACCACCGCGGAGCACCUCGCCCUGCUCACCCAAAAUGAGGCGAUCCGCACUCAGCUCGAAGAGCCUUUCGACUCCGUGAACCGCCUUCUCGAGGAGCUCGCCCUGACCGGCGCCCUCUACAUGGCCAUCGAGAUCGGGAUCCUGGACAAGCUCCCCGCCGACGGGAGUUCCGUCAGCGCCGCCGACCUCGCGGCGGCUGCUAAUGUCGAUAUCUCGGCUGUCACGCGCUGCAUGCGCGUUUUGGCUAAUAAGAGCUUCGUUGUUGAGACGGCGGCGGAUGAGUACAAGCACAAUGCGCUCUCGCAGGUGUGUCGCCCUGAUGGCCUCGGCGCGCUGUUUUUGCUCAGUAUGGACCUGCAUAAGGGGUGGGCCGCGCUGCCGGAGUACUUCAAGACGCAUGCGCCGGAGGAUUUGUACGAUCUGAAGAAAUCGCCCAUCGCGUACGCGGUCGGGAAGGAGGGGCUGUCGUACUACGAAGUCCUAAACCUGGAUGUUACGACGAGGAAUAUUUGGAACAAGGCUAUGCAGGUUGCCGAUAAGGCGAUGCCUAUCCUUGGGAUGUUCCCGUUUAAGGAGAUGAAGGAGCAGGUGGAGAGGGAGCCGGAGAGGGCGUUCGUGGUUGAUAUGGCUGGGGGGAGGGGACAGGCGCUGUUGGCGAUCCAGGAGGAGUGUCCGGGUGGAUUCGGCGGGAAGUUGAUUCUGCAGGACUUACCGAUCGUUAUUGACUCGCUCGCGCCUGAGGAGAUUCCUAAUAUUGAGGCUACGGUUCAUGAUAUCUUCACCCCGCAGCCAGUUAAAAACGCACACAUCUACUUCAUGCGCCGCAUCCUCCACGACUUCUACAACCCCGUCUGUCUCGAGAUCCUACGCAACACCGUCCCCGCCAUGGGCCCUGACUCGCGCCUCAUCGUGUGCGACAUGGUGAUCCCGCAGCCUGUCGAGGUUGGGGGGAAUGCGCAUCCGUACUGGAUGGAUUUCUCGCUGAUGCUGAUUAGUGGGAAGGAGAAGACGAUGAGGGAGUUUGAGGGGAUGUUUGAGGAGGUUGGGUUGGAGCUGGUGAAGGUUUGGCCGUCGGUGUUGGGGGCGACGGUUAUGUUGGAGACGAGGUUGAAGAGGUAGAUAGUCGUUGGGGAUCGGCGGG